CAGAAUUUCACAGUGUCUAGGCAAUAAACAAUUUUUGGAUGUUGUGUUGCGUAAUAAUUUAUCUUACAAGUAUCAGACUUAUUUCAUCGCCAUUUAGGUGCUUACACUUGUUGAAAGUAUGGAACUUCUGAAAUUCUUAUUAUUCAUGUGUUUGAUGACUGGUGCCUGUGCUUUAGAGACUCAGAGCCAUUUGAAAAUCACAAACAAUGGAUAUCAACUACUGGUGGUGGCGGUGCACGAUAGUGUCCCGGACAAUCCCGCUCUGUUUGAAAAAAUCAAGACCACGUUUACCAAGGCCUCUAAAGUCCUGUACACUGCCACUCGGAAUCGAGCCUACUUCCAGAAGAUUUUCUUCCUCCUCCCACAUACAUGGACCAACCGGCCGGAAUACAAACCCUCCACCUCCGUUACUAUAAGCGGGGCCGACAUCAUCUUCUCGGCGCCUAGGAGCACCAGAAGGAACUUUUCUCAUACCAGAAUGUACGCAGGGUGUGGUCACCAAGGAUUCCAUACCCAACUGUUGACCGACAUCUUCAGUAACAGCCACCCCCUUGUUCAGCGAUCACCGGAGAAGUUCAUCGUUCACGAGUUUGCGAAGCUGCGGUACGGGGUGUUUGAGGAAUUUUCGUCCCCCGGGGAAAACCAGUUCUACUUUUCGACCACAUACGGUAGACUGGAUCCGGUCAGAUGUACGGUAGGACUUCGUGGAAUCAUAAAAAAUGCUCAGGGUUACUGCCUCUUUUCCUCUAUCGAUCCUGAAUCAGGGGAGUUUCCUGCAGGAUCAACUCGACAUCGGGCGUAUUUUCGGAAAGUGUUCUUCCUCAUUCCAAGCACGUGGUCUAGCGGACUGGCGGACAAGGACUCCACCAGUGUUAAUCUCAGAGACGCCGACAUUAUUAUAUCUGACCCCUCCUCCGUCUCCCGGAGGAGCUACCCCCGGACCAGGAGCUACGCGGGGUGCGGACACAGGGGAAUACAUAUACAGUUAAGGACGGACGUUUUAUUUAAUAGCAGACAUCCUCUGGUUCAAGGUAAACCCGAAAAAUACCUGGUUCACGAGUUUGCCAAGUAUUGGUAUGGGGUGUUUGAAGAGUACCCCAACCCUGGAGAGAACCAGUUUUAUUUCUCUACAACAGUCGGUAGGGCGGAUCCCGUGCGGUGUACCACCGGACUGCGCGGACGAAUUAUGAAAAAGACUCAGUCUGGUAUCCAACUUUGUUCUUAUGAUUCUAUAGACCCUGACACUGGCGAAUUCCCGGAGGGAUGUGUUUAUUACCCCUAUCCCUCCCACAACCAGGGAACAGCGUCAAUGAUGGACCACUCAUAUAUACAAGAGAUAAAAGAUUUUUGCGACGAUGACCAGACGCCGGGGCAUUUUAGCCACAAUGUGGAACCCCCGAACCGCCAAAAUAGACUGUGUAGCCACCGGAGCACGUGGGACAUCAUUAGCAACACGCCCGACUUCCUCAACAACGCCAAUCCACCAGGCUCCUUGUCAGACUCGCAGCUAACGCCCCAGUUCAUUGUUUUCAGGGCGCCCUCUCGGAGACGGAGGCGUCUGGCCGUGGUCCUCGACCCGCCACAGGAAUUUCAUAAAAGACUGCGGCUUCACCAGGCAGUAGACCACUUUCUGACGGAAGGCUUUGAUGAUUAUACCAAAGUAGCUCUAAUCACCAAUGCUGCUCAUAGAAAAGGCACUAGAAUGCGGAGCAGAAGGUCCGCCGCUGUAAAAUCCUCUUUACAAAGCAUCGACCAUUUUUAUUCUCUGUCUACAAUGCAGUCUCAAAUUCGAAGAGGGAUUGAGAUUCUUAAGAAGAGCAAUUCAACCAAAGAAGGCAUGGAAUUUCAUCUGAUUGUCAUUUCUUGCAACAACCAAUCAGGAUUUGAGACAGAAGUUCUGCAAGAGAUGGCAACCACAGGCAUUACACCGCACUUCAUCCACUGCGGGGAGAAUGGAAUAGAUAAUAUGAAGGAAACCAGAUUACAAGGUGGACAUGCUGAAUCAAGGAACCAGAGGUCCAUUUUCUAUGCGGUUCAACGCUUGUCGGACAAAUUACACGAUGAAAAGGACGUGUCUGUACAGAUUUCAAACGACAACAUUGAGCUUGAUGGAGACACAGCAUACCAUUCGGAAUUCAGUCUGGAUGAUUCACUUCGCGGCGAACUGACGAUACGACUGCACUACUCGACCUCCGAACCCUCUGUACAAGUCGUGGCGCCAAAUGGCUCGGAAUGUGUAUACAAGUCAACAGAUAGGAAACUAAGAUAUAUUAGACUUACCAGUUUAGUAUCACAUAAUGAGCAAGGAAAAUGGUCCAUUACCAUAAAGAAUAAGGCGCCAAAUAAGGAGUCGAUAAAUGUGUUGGUCAUGUUACAAUCUAUAAUAUUGGAGGACGAGGUUCCAAUUCGAACAAACGCCUGGGUGAAACUGUUUCACGAACACUCCCCACCGCGUGUAGGCGUGUACGCUGAGGUAAUGAAUGGGGGACAUCCGGUGGUGAACGCAAACGUUACUGCGCAUGUGUACCACGAGGACAGGAAAGUAGCCGUGAUACCACUUAGAGAUUCCGGUGGCGGCUUCGAUAUAAUGAAAAAUGAUGGAAUCUAUUCCAAUUCUUUCACGGAAAUUGAAUCUCAAGGAAGACAUUACGUAGAGGUUAUGAUAGAAGAUGUUUUGACCAACUCAGAAAUUCACAGGACUUACGAAAUACAACUACCUACAGAAAAAGACACGGAAGAUGACCAGCAUGAUCUCCAUGCACCAAGACUGGAUUAUCGUACAGAGAAGAUACCACUCAGACAUCGUCUAAAGAGAUCCACAUCCUCAGGGGAAUUCCACGUGGACUAUCGCUGGGACAGCUUGUCUGGUGGAUACGAUUAUCCCCCCGCCAGAAUCAACGAUUUAACAGUUACCAGGGUGAACAGAAAGGAUAGAAAGGUGUCUCUGUCUUGGACAGCCACUGGGAGUGACCUAGACAACGGCAGAGCUUCCUCAUACGAGAUUCGUUACAACACCAAUGGAACAGCUCUUGUCCUCAAUCCUAAGAAGGGAAUGUUAGUAAAGGAAGACAUGCUUGGAGAUACCUCUGGGAAACCUAAGGAGGCAGGUCAAGUUGAAACCGUCACUGUACAGUUUCCCACCAAGAUGAAGUGGGUAGCCAUAAUGUUAAGAUCCAUAGAUGAAAACAAUAACGCGGGAGAAUUUUCCAAUAUGGUGACGACCUACUUUGUAUUGUGAUUGCAUCCCAAAGUUUGUGUAACUUGAAUUUGUUUCAAACAUGUAUUGUCGAACAUGAAUUACAAAAAAUAUUGAUUUUUGCAGUGUUUUGAUUUGCUAAAUAAAUGAGUAAUUGUGUAUUAAAGUGAAAUUGUGUAAAUGAUGAAUAAAUGUAGUUAAUUUUAGUUUUCAAGCAUGGAGGAUAAUGUAAAAAAAUGAAUUAAUUUAAUGAGGGGGCAUUCGUGUUCUCUGAAGCCCAUUAGAGUGUCAUUGUAAUUUGUGCUAGAGUUUAAGAACAGUUUAUAUGAAACGAAAACUCCCAUUCUUGUAAGUGUAUUUCUUGUUUGAAGAAGAUAUAUUGAAUGCGAGCCAAUUUGUUAUUGAAAAAAUGACAAUAAAAUAAUAAGUUUUUAA